AUGGACGAUAUCCAACUUUCUUGCAUCGGUGAGGCUUCCUCUCCUCCCUUGCAAUCUCUGGCGUACAUCUUUUCGGACCAUUCCUACGACAAACCCUUCUUCGUUGUGUAUAUGAACACUUCGGUCUUUGCCGUCUCCCUGGUACCCAUGUUAGUCAAGUUCGUCAUGCGGCACGGCAUCGAGGGCCUGCGGCGCGAGGCAAUGGUGGUAUGGAACGAGCAUAAACACGGCAAGGGAGGCCUUAAGGCGGAGGGAGACGAAGAGGACGCGGUGGCGGGCGAGCGGCUGCUGGUCGACGACGAGCCGAGCUUGGAGGCGGAAGGUUACGAGCCUAAGGUCGAGCGCAUGAGCUUCCGGGAGACGGCCAUCAUCAGCCUCGAGUUCUGCAUGCUGUGGUUCUUUGCGAACUACCUGGCAUCCGCGUGCCUAGAGUACACGAGCGUAGGGAGCGUCACUAUUCUGAACUCCACGAGCAGUGUCUGGACUCUCGUGUUCUGUGCGCUGAUGCGGGUGGAGGGAUUCACAAUUCGCAAGUUCAUUGGAGUGUUGGCGUCGUUGACGGGCAUUGUCCUCAUCUCGACCGUGGACCUCUCCGGCUCGAGUGACGAGAAUCGCGGGUCAUUCCCGCACAAGACGACGUCGCAGAUUGCUGUUGGCGAUUCCAUGGCUUUUGUUAGUGCCAUUAUCUAUGGCCUCUACGUCACGGUCAUGAAGGUGAGGGUCGGUAAUGAGGAUAGGGUCAACAUGCCGCUCUUCUUUGGCUUGGUGGGCCUAUUCAACUUGGUGUUCCUGUGGCCGGUGUUCUUCAUCCUGCACUUCACCGGCAUGGAACCGUUUCAACUUCCGCCGACAGGCAAAAUCUGGGCCAUUGUCAUUGGCAACUCUCUGUCUUCCUUCAUCAGCGACAUGUCGUGGGCGUAUGCCAUGCUGCUCACUACGCCUUUGGUGGUGACGGUUGGUCUGUCUCUGACGAUUCCUUUGUCGCUCAUCGGCGAGAUGAUCCAGUACUCGCAAUACUCCAGCUGGGUAUACUGGGUUGGUGCGGCAGUCGUUCUCAUCUCCUUCUUAUUCAUCAAUCACGAGAGCAAAGAAGACGAGUCGGGUGAUAAGGGCCCCCAGGCAGGAUCCAGGGGGGCACAGUUAUAG